GCCAGAUCCUCCCACCCAUAUGCCCACUGGGCUCCAAGGGCCGCGAUCGAGUGGGGGCUGGAGCGUGCCCCCCCAUCCCAAGUCUCCUGCCCCAGGGAGGGCAUCUGCCUGCAGCUAUGGCCUUGUCUCCUCAGGUCUUGGGGCCCUGGGUCCCAGAGGAGCUCUGCACUGGAGGAGCUCAGCCCAUGUGGGGAGCCCAGAGAGUCCAGAGGGCCCUGAGGUCACAGAGCCCAGCCGGCUGGUAAGACAGAGCUCCGGGGGAGAGGUCCGAAAGCCACAGUUGGACACCAGGGUCCGCCAGGAUCCGCCCAGGGGGACGCCUGUGCACCUGGCCCAGGUGAGUUUCGUCAUCCCGGCCUUCGACUCAAACUUCACUCUGGACCUGGAGUUGAACCAUCACCUCCUGUCCUCCCAGUAUGUGGAGCGCCACUUCAGCCGGGAGGGGACAAGGCAACACAACACUGGGGCUGGAGACCACUGCUACUACCACGGGAAACUCCGGGGCAACCCACAGUCCUUUGCUGCACUCUCUACCUGCCAGGGGCUGCAUGGGGUCUUCUCUGAUGGCAACCUGACUUAUACCGUAGAGCCUAAGGAGAUGGCUGGGCCCUGGGGACCCCCACAGGGACCCCUUCCCCACCUCAUUUACCGGACCCCUCUCCUCCCAGCCCCCCUUGGAUGCAGGGAGCCAGGCUGCCUGUUUGCUGUCCCUGUCCAGUCUGCUCUCCCCACCUGGCCCAAGCUAAGAAGGAAAAGGCAGGUCCGCAGGGGCCACCCCACAGUGCACAGCGAGACCAAGUAUGUAGAGCUGAUUGUAAUCAACGACCACCAGCUGUUUGAGCAGAUGCGGCAGUCGGUGGUCCUCACCAGCAACUUCGCAAAAUCUGUUGUGAACCUGGCAGAUGUGAUAUACAAGGAACAGCUCAACACAAGAAUUGUUCUGGUUGCCAUGGAAACGUGGGCAGAUGGGGACAAGAUCCAGGUGCAGGAUGACCUAUUGGAGACCCUGGCCCGGCUUAUGGUCUACCGGAGGGAGGGUCUGCCUGAACCCAGUGAUGCCACCCACCUCUUCUCGGGUAGAACUUUCCAGAGCACCAGCAGUGGGGCGGCCUACGUGGGAGGCGUCUGUUCACUGUCCAGGGGUGGAGGUGUGAACGAGUAUGGCAACAUGGGUGCCAUGGCGGUGACGCUGGCCCAGACGCUAGGGCAGAACUUGGGCAUGAUGUGGAAUAAGCACCGGAGCUCAGCAGGGGACUGCAAGUGUCCAGACAUUUGGCUGGGCUGCAUCAUGGAGGACACUGGGUUCUAUUUGCCCCGCAAAUUCUCGCGCUGCAGCAUCGACGAAUACAACCAGUUUCUGCAGGAGGGAGGCGGGAGCUGCCUGUUCAACAAGCCCCUCAAGCUCCUGGACCCUCCCGAGUGCGGGAACGGCUUCGUGGAGGCAGGGGAGGAGUGCGACUGCGGGUCGGUGCAGGAGUGCAGCCGAGCAGGGGGCAACUGCUGCAAAAAAUGCACCCUGACGCACGACGCCAUGUGCAGCGAUGGGCUCUGUUGUCGCCGCUGCAAGUAUGAGCCACGAGGUGUCUCCUGCCGAGAAGCGGUGAAUGAGUGUGACAUCGCAGAGACCUGCACCGGCGACUCAAGCCAGUGUCCCCCUAACCUUCACAAGCUGGAUGGUUACUACUGUGAUCAUGAGCAGGGUCGUUGCUAUGGAGGCCGCUGUAAAACUCGGGACCGGCAGUGCCAAGCCCUAUGGGGCCAUGUGGCUGCGGAUCGUUUCUGCUAUGAGAAGCUGAACGUGGAGGGGACAGAGCGUGGGAACUGUGGGCGCAAGGGAUCUGGUUGGGUCCAGUGCAAUAAGCAGGAUGUGCUCUGUGGCUUCCUUCUGUGUGUCAACAUCUCUGGAGCGCCGCGGCUAGGGGACCUGGGGGGAGACAUCAGCAGUGUCACCUUCUACCACCAGGGCAAGGAGUUGGACUGCAGAGGAGGCCAUGUGCAGCUAGCUGAUGGCUCGGACCUGAGCUAUGUGGAGGACGGCACGGCCUGUGGGCCCAACAUGCUGUGCCUGGAUCACCGCUGCCUGCCAGCCUCUGCCUUCAACUUCAGUACCUGCCCUGGAAGCGGAGAGCGGCGGAUCUGCUCCCAUCACGGGGUUUGCAGCAACGAGGGGAAGUGUAUCUGUCAGCCAGACUGGACAGGCAAAGACUGCAGUAUUCACAACCCACUGCCCACGUCCCCUCCCACUGGGGAGACCGAGAGAUACAAAGAAACAUCCGCCGUGGAAGGUCCGGAGGGGCCUAAGAGCUACCCUGCUCCCUCCGAGUCAGGCACCCACCAUCUCGGCCCUGAACCACGAGGCUGCCUCCACCCUGCCACAGAGGGAGGCACCGUGCAAAUGUCUUCCGGUCCGAACCCUUCGACUCCUGGCUGCACAGGGGUUGGGGGUUGGGACUAUGACCUCGCCUUUCAGACCACCUGGGUAGAGGGGCCUGGAGGAGGACGAUUCCUGCCCAGUUCCCCAUCCCACCUCAUGCGGCUUUGGCCUUGCACACGUCUCCCCCUGUGAAUGUAGCCUCCAUCAUCACAGACUGCCACAGCUCAAGUUGGGGCCUGGACUGGUGCCUGGUGGGGACAGCUGGGUGGCCCCUCUUCAAAACCAGGCAGCUGGAACCAGGGGGGCGGCUCCCCUGGACCUCACGGGAAGGGGCUGAUCUACAUUCAUAUUCUCUCUCUCUCUCUCUCUCUCUCUCUCUCUCUCUCUCAAUCUCUCUCUCUCAAUCUCUCUCUCUCUCUUAAUUUAAUCUUAACUGAUGAAUGUAACCUUUGGGUUGCUGGGGCCAGGGGGCAGUUGUAGGGAUGUUUUGACACUUACAGGAGGGCCUCCAGGGCCCAAGGCCUUGAGACCUCCCACAUCCCUCCCUGGGAGGCCCAACCAAAUCCUGUCAGGGAACCCAGCAGGGGCAGGGCAGCCCUGCUUGCCCCACCUCCGCCCAGCUUGUAGAAGUCAGAGUGCUGAUUCAAACCAAAGCUGCCUGUCCCGUGCCCACUGCCUAGCUCAUGGGACUCUGUCCCAGACUGUCUUCGAUUCCAAACUGACCAUCCUGUCCCUGCCAGGGUGCAUGCAUUUGGGGGUAUAGAAAAAUAUAGUCCCUAAAAUAAAACGCCACCUUUCCCCUUUCAAGAAGGGUGAUUCUGGGGCUGUCUCAGGGUUCAGGUGCCCCCUGAUGUGGCCGGGCUGUUCCGGAGCAGAGCAGGCUAUCGGAGCAGGGAGGACUCUCCGUAGGGAGAACCAGGGGUGGCCCUGUGCCCCAGGGUUAGUGCCUGCGAUGUGUAUGAGGAGAUGGGAAAAGGGCAGGCCUCAUGGAUGGUUAUAGGCGACUAGGAAAAUCUUCACAUCUUCAACCCAUAUCCACCCCACCCCCACCCCCGUCACAAGUUGUAUUCGUCACCUGUAGUCUAGGGCUGAGUAGUAAGUUUACAGAUGUUCCUGUCUGCCCUCCUCUGGUCCUUGCUGCCGCCCAGCCUGAGAGCUGGACCGAGGCUGGCAGAGCUGCUCAGCCAGCCCUCCCACAGUCCAGCAGGGCCGGCCUUCACAACCCUAUGUGAGACAGACAUGCUCUGGCUCCAUGCCCUAAGAGCCAGCAGGCGGGACAAGAUGGAGCAGGCUCCCUUAUGGACGAAAGCCACAAUGAAAGGAAAUCCCUUCUUGGGGACACCCCACUCAGGCUAAGUAGCAGUUCUGGACACCCAGGGCCGGAGGGUUGCCCGUUUGUGUUCCUCCUAUUUCUGAGGACUCUUCAAGGAAGGCUAAUGGAGAAAAUGGCUUCAUUUAUCUAAACCAACCCAAUGGCCGCCACCUUGAGGCCUAUGGCCCAUUGGCAGCUGUGGAGGUGGCCACAGUGGGGUCCUUAGCACUGAGCCCCAGCUGCCACUGUCCUAGUGACAACAGGACAGAUGCAGGCCACCAGCCCCACUAGCUGAGGUCAGGAGAAAGGCUGCAUUUCGAAUUGUUGCUGAGAUACCUUGAGACCUCCAUCAGGUGGCACCUGCGCACACAGGUGGCACCUGUGCACACAGGUGCCAGUGCACCUGGGUGCAGACAUGUGAAUCCACGCCUCUGCACCACUGUGAAGGCCUCUGCAUCAAGGGCAUGACCAUGUGUGUCCUUGGUGAAGAACACAAGACUUCCUGUGGCCAGUCCACCUGGGGUGUCCAACCCCCUGCAUCCCCCUGCCCCACCCUAGCAGUGCCUGGCCUGACAGCACCUAGGAAAGACAGAGGAGGGGGGCUGCAUUCACCUGGCCUGGACCUGGGUCCCUCCGCAUCCUGUAAAUAUGUCAUCUGGGCUGGGGUGGGGAGGCAGGGCCCGGGGCCCAUAUUAAAAA